AAAUGUUGGCCUUCGCCGCCGUUAUCUUCUCCCCCGCUCCCGGCACGCUCUCCGGUAGAACAAUCCGCUCCCCUUCUGUCUCCCGCCCAAUCCUCGCUCGAUGCGUUAAGAAAACCACCCCUGAACCACCCCAGUCCAUCUUGUUCUCACUGGGAUCCGCGCGCUCCUGCCGCCGGCCAUGGUUGCCACGUUGCCUCCGCGCGCUCGCCGCCGCCGCCGCUCUCGCGCUCGUGCUCUGUCCUCCGGAUAUCAUCCCUGCCCAUGCCUCCUCCAUGGGCGAGCGUCUGAAGCCGAGUACCCCGUAUCCCUGCGAAGACGUCCGGAGGUAUUACGAGGGCAUGGAGGGCUUGUCCGGUGACGUGCUGAUGGCGAAGCUCGGCGCUGUCGUCUCGCCUCACGCCUCACUGCGCUACAAAGAUGUGUGGGAAGCGCUCAAGAUUCUGGAUGCAGCUGAUGCAGACCACCCAGAAGCCUCCUCUGAAGUGAUCGAGAUAUACUCGCAGAGAGCCGUGCCGAAGCUCUUGGCAGGCAAGUCGGAUGGAUGGAACAGAGAACACCUCUGGCCGCGAUCAUAUGGGCUAACCCGCCAUCCUUCUCUAACCGAUCUGCACAACAUUCGUCCUGCGGAUGCCAAUGUGAAUUCGUCCAGGGGAAACAAGUAUUAUGGAGGAUGUGCGGCGACGUCGAAAAAAUGUGCAAGGCCAGCAAAUCGUGAAGCUGCACCUGACACUGAAACAGACAGUGAAAGAUGGGCACCCCCUUUUCAGGUGCGUGGAGAUGUAGCUAGGUCCCUGAUGUACAUGGCUGUGAGCUAUGGAUCUGGACAGAAAGAUGCAGCCCCACAUUUGGAACUUUCGGAUUCGCCAAGUAUUCAAAGGAGGAGGAUGGGCCUCCUUUCAGCUCUUCUACAAUGGAAUGAACUAGAUCCACCAUCGAGAUCAGAGCAACGUCGGAAUGAUAGAGUUUGUAGCCUUUACCAGCACAACCGAAAUCCUUUUGUCGAUCAUCCAGAGUAUGCUAAUCUUAUAUGGAGGAACACACCUAGCAAAAUUCCAAGUGCGACCGGAAAAAUAGUGAAAGGCUUGGGUCAAUGAGUUCCACUACAAAAACAAAGGGAAAUAUGAGAAUGAGGUGCUCGGUCAUUGGUUGACCCUAUUUUCUCUGGUAUUUCUUGUUUUGUUUGAUUAUAGCUCCUUGAAAUGAAUGGUGAACACA